UGAACGAAACAGAAGGCCGGACGGUUCGACAGAAUGUCGUCUUUACAGUCAGUAUCAAUAAUAAUAUUAUUAAUAAUAAUAAUAAUAAUAAUAAUAAUAAUAAUAAUAAUAAUAGAACGUGUCUAACUAAAUGCCUCUAAAUCGGACGUGUAUUUUGGUUCAUUUCAUGUCAGUUAAACGGGAAAAGAAAAUGUAUUAAAAACAACAAAAAGAAAUUAUACACGUAACUACUUUAAGUGGGAUUUAAAUUAGAAAUCCAAAUAUGGUUAUUUUGUGUUGUCAUACUACCUGCGUUUCAAACGUCUUACUGAUUUUACAAUAAUACUCCAAUUUUGUGAGCAUGACGGGGGAGGGGGAGGCGCAAAUAAAUUUUGUGGAUCCCUUUAAUAAAAUGUUUAUUCACGGGGCAAAACGACGUUUGAAACUUUUAAAAUGGCCUUUUAAUUAACCUAUGUACGCCGCGUUCAAACAAAAAACCUACUGGGAUUCAAUACAGCAACCAAUACCAGAGAGGCGGUCAAUAUGCAAAAUUGAUGACUACACCCUCUUUGUUACACAGACAUUGUCUGCUACUUGCUUAUGAAGUCUAAUCCAAUCAUAAAUUGCACCAUUCCACCAAUCAGGGCCCUUAAAAGCCGGAGUGAAAGAAACUCAUGCGGAGAACUUUGUUGAUCCUCAUUGUUAAAGCUGUCAGUUUUGAAAGAGCUUUGCUAAGCAGUUCACUAUAAAACCCCUGAUGUAAAGGGAUCGGCCAGAAGAGUACUGGAAGUCUUUCCAUUUGGAUCCUAACAGAAGAGCUCUCCUCUCAGUCAAAAAAUUGUGUUCUAAAUACUUUUUUCCUCUUUUUCCUAAACGGUGCAAUGAUGUUUCCAAGUGUUAUUGCGCCUCCUGCGAUGUAUCCAAGCCUCCUUCGGCCAUCAGCAGCUCUGUCCCUGCCUCAGUCUUUGCAUUCAGCUUUCACUUCUCACUCAAGUUUCUUAGUGGAGGACCUGCUACGGAUCAGCCGCCCGGCGAACUACUUGUCACGGAGCGUCCCGUCGCCCAGCGUCUCGCCGCCGACCACAUGCGCCGCCACCCUGAGCAGCACUGCGUCGGAACACGCCGGCAGCCCCACGGCACUCUCAGGCGGAACAUGUUCGCCGCAAACUUCACUUUCUCCCAACAACGACCCCAACUAUCUGAAGUUUGGAGUUAAUGCGAUCCUGGCACCGUCAACCAAAAACGCAUCAUCGGCCCCUUCUAUUCAAUGCGUGCACCCGAAAGCUUUCCAGUUCCCAUAUUUUGACGGAUCAUUCCCCCCAUUUAUUAGAUCCACCUAUUUCCCAGCGUCUUCUUCAGUGGUGCCUAUCCCAGGCACGUUUUCAUGGCCUCUGGCAGCUAGAGGGAAGCCCAGGAGAGGCAUGUUGCGCCGGGCUGUCUUCUCUGACGUGCAGAGGAAAGCCCUUGAGAAAAUGUUCCAGAAACAAAAAUAUAUCAGCAAGCCCGACAGGAAGAAGCUGGCGGCCAAGCUUGGCCUUAAAGAUUCACAGGUUAAAAUUUGGUUCCAGAACAGAAGAAUGAAAUGGAGGAAUUCCAAAGAGAGAGAGCUUCUGUCUUCCGGGGGGUGCCGGGAACAAACCCUACCCACAAAGUUAAACCCUCACCCAGACCUGAGCGAUGUUGGAAAGAAGUCUUCGGAAGAGGAGGAGGCCGUGGGAGGGGAGAGCCCGCGAGCAGUGCUCUGUCACUCCCCCGCUGUGCGCAAGCUUUCGGACAGCGUGGAAUCCCACCUCUCGUCACCAUGUCAAUCCAGUAAACACUCAGACUUCUCAGAGUCGGAAGAUGAAGAAAUCACAGUUUCCUAGAUAAUCUAAAAUAAAUAAAUUAUGUUUAUAUAAAAAUAAAUAAAAUACCUUAUAUACAGAAACAAGUAAUUAAAUGUAAAUAAGAGGAUGUAUCCCUUAAUUUAGACAGAGAUAUCAGAAUCCAAGUCUGCUUUCAGCACAUACCCUGCAUCAAAUCAACUUGAAACGCAGCAAAUGUGUGGAAUGUUGACAUGGAGUAUAUUUGGGACGAUCUUAUAUUCUAUAUGUAAAUGUUUAUUUUAGGGGAUAUGCAUCCUUCUUGGAAUAACUUGCUGUAUUUGCACAGCUUUUGUGAACUGUACAGAAUUUUGUACAUUUUUUUUGUAUUGGAAAUUUUAUACCAAGAGUAUUUUGAGUGACAAUAUGGCUUUUACAUUAGAUAAUGUAAUGAUUUAACAAAGAAAUGUAGACGUUAAAUGUAUAAAUUAUAAAGAUAUUAUUUUCUAUUAUCUCUGUGUAUGAAGUUUUAAUAUGUAUGUAUUUUACAUGUUUUGUACAAACGCCAAAUAAAAUGUAGAGAAAGCAAAGAGUUGUAACUCUCUGGAGCGCAUGAUCACACAGGUCGGAUCUGAAUCUGCUAGUCAAAUUGGUCAGAAUGCAUCGUGUUUAAAAUAUACUUUGUGGU